AUGAUGAGACCAGCAAAAUUUUGUGCUUGUGUGGCUAUCUUGGUCACUGUCAUCUGCUUACCGGGACUGAGAUCUUCCACCAUUCACAAGUGGCAAAGAAGAAACAUGCAAAUAUUUGAGGUUUCUACUGAAAAGCCAGAAAGCACCACAAGCUAUGAUGAGAACAGUAAUGGGGUGAAAAGUGCCACAGAGAUCAGUGGAGUGAAAACAAGUUCUUCUGUUUUCAGUAAUAUGUUAAGGCCUUCAUUAGAAACAUUAACUGCAGCAAUAACUUCUAGCAUUGCUGAGAAAAAAGAAACAAAACAAACCAAUAAGACAGAAAAUGAAAAUGUAAUCACCAUGACCAGCCUUGAUGUAUUACCUACAACUAGAACAAUGGUGCCAUUUCAGGACCAAUUUAAUACAAGUACAAAAGAUGACAAUUGGAAUAAAACUCUACAGUCUCAACAGAAAGACUUUGUAACAGUCUCAACUACAAAAUCCUCUUCCAGUCAAGGCAUUGAUGCCAGCGAAGUUAACAAUAUUGUUUACACGACAACAGGAGCAACACAGAAUGAUGCUGCCACUCAAAAUAACCAGAAAACUGAAGGAACAAUGAAGAAUAAGAAACAAGUGCCAGAACAAGUUACAAUUUCAACUGUCUUUAGUGGGGUCACCAGAAAUGAAAGUGGUGGUGAGACAGCCAGGACAACUCAUUCUGGCAAUGAAGUCUUUACGCUAAAUAGUCACGACACUACAGCUUUGCCUCUUACAAGUAAACCAAUUCUUAUAAAUACAACACACAAAGAUGCCACAAUAUUGACUUCAGAAAUGUUAAAUUUCUCAGAAUUCACGAAUGCAAAUGUUGGAAGUUUCAGGAAUGAAGAAUUAACAACAACAACAACAAUCAGUAAACUAGAGGGUAAUUACUUCAGCUGGAAUGUAAAUAAUCCAAAUGAUGAGAAAGAAAUGAAUGAAAUCAUGGCAACCACAGUGGGUGCAGUAACAGACAGCAAGGCACCCAAUACAUUUCAGGUGACUACGACACCCAGAGUUACAACAUCAGUUCAGGGAGCUGCAUUGACAGAGUCAGUCUCAUCAUCUUCUCUGGAAACUAUGUUGAAAACAACUCAAACAGUGCAAGUGUCCAGCACAGAAGCUAUAAUUGGAACUGCGAAAAACAUAUAUAAGGGAUUGAGUUCAAGAUUGCCAGCAACAAAUGGGAUUCCCUCUGCGAUAUCUGCUUUGCCAACAACAUAUCUCCCACAGAAACCAGCCUCAGAAGAAGUGAAUGCAAUUCCCACAAAAGAAAUUGCAUCUGUAACUCCUACAGAAACAAUGUUGCUGAGUGCUGAAGCAGCGAGUAUGAAAAUAAGCCAGGCAGUUACAGCAGAUACCAGCACAAAACAGACCAUAUCAAGGAAAGAUAACAAAAUCUCUACAGCGGUGUCUGAUGUUUCAGAAAGAACACUGCUUCUGCUACUGACAACCAUUGUGCCAUCUGUAGAGCCCACAGCACCUCCAUCAAGUACAGCUGAGGAACUUGAAUCAGAAGUACUGACAAGUGCUAGUGAUUUACUGCAACAGAAGUCAGUAGUCCCGAUUGUAAAAAAGAUAUUUGCCACGACAGCAGCAUUAAAGACUGAAUCCAAUGAUACAAUCGUGCAAGCAUCUGCUACAAAAGCAAUGGGAAUGAUGAUGGUUAAGCCAAUUAGCUCGUCACCUGAGUUAAGAGAUAACACAUGGUCAUCCUCAGCAACAACUUUGGCACCUUCUUUCAGUGACACAGAGCCACCAAUGUAUACUUUGGACACAACAGAGUCAGAAGAGUUCGAUGAGGAUGAUGAUGAAGAAGAUGAGGAAGACUCAGAUGAAGACAGCAUGGAUUAUGACACGGAAGUGCCUUCACACCCGUAUGUAACACCUGGUGGACCCAUAAGAGUCAACCGAAACUUGACAAAAGUGAUGGAGGUGUCCUAUCAGCUUCCUGAUUCGUUUGAGUGGAACCAGCAUGAUCAAGGUACUAAAAAUCUGGUAAGAAGCUGGCUGGAGAAAAUCAAAGACAAAGCAGGUUAUAUGUCCGGGAUGCUAGUGCCUGUAGCUGUUGGCGUGGCAGGGGCACUCUUCAUUCUGGGAGCUCUCUAUAGUUUCAAGGUGAUGAAUCGGAAGAGGAAAAGUGUUUUCAAAAGACGCGAAACAAAGCCUAAAGAUUUCACAAGCAUGCAGGAUCGGGUGAUGCUGUUAGCUGAUAGCUCAGAGGAUGAGUUUUAAGUAUGAAUAAUGUUUUGAUGCAAUACAAA